UAUGACCUUCUGGCGGGGUGCCGAGGAGGCGAGGCAGCAGCCAGAGGUGGAGGAGAUGGGCUCACAUUUAUGAAUCACAAGUCCAACUGCAGGCAGGCAAGCGUCACGCAGACAUUGGAGGACGAUCAAUUUGGGCUUUUUCUUUGUGCUCUAGGUGACUAACAUCAGGAGCUUUAUAUUUUUUCCUCGAACGUCUGCACGACCUGCAAGAAUGCAUCCAAAUAACUACUUGCCAGAGCUGGUGGCUGAGAAAAACACGUUGGACCCUCAGUUUGUCCAUGCCGUGCGUCUGCUUGCAGAAGAAAUUGAAAAGCACGAAGGUGAUGAACUGCGAAAAGACGGCAUUAUAAAGAAAUACCUUGAUAUCAUCAGCAAUAAGAACAUUAAGCUGUCCGAGAGAGUCCUCAUCCCAGUGCAACAGUAUCCCAAGUUUAAUUUUGUUGGAAAGCUGCUGGGGCCUCGGGGAAAUUCCAUGAAAAGGCUACAAGAGGAAACAGGAGUGAAGAUGUCCAUCCUCGGAAAAGGGUCCAUGAGGGAUAAAGACAAGGAAGAAGAAUUGAGGAAAAGCGGAGAGGCCAAAUAUGCCCAUCUGAGUCACGAUCUUCAUGUGUUAAUUGAGGUCUUUGCUCCACCGGGUGAGGCCUAUUCCCGUAUGAGUCACGCCUUAGAGGAGAUAAAGAAAUUCCUUGUUCCAGACUACAACGAUGAGAUCAGACAGGAGCAACUACGUGAGCUCUCUCUGUUGAAUGGCUCUGACGAGUCCAAAACGGGCAGGAAUGCACAAGCAAGGAGCUCUCGAGCAGCAACUACAGUAUCCAGCAGGGCCCGCAGGAGCGCGGGAAGAAACGCGCUAACACCUCGGGGGACGGCGACCGCCACACACAGCAAGCUCACAGCAUCUGUUUUAAAGAGGGAGGCCCAAGCCCCAAGAGCCAGGGCAGCGGCGGCAAGUGGAGGUUACCGACCCUCGCUGUUAGCAGGCACUCAUGAAUCAUACGACGACUACGGCUACGACGAUGGAUACGGAGGAGAAUACGACGACGAGAGCUACGACGCCUAUGACGACAACUACAGCAAUCAAUCAAAGAGCAUCUCAGAUUACUACGAAUACGGACAAGCAACAAACGACGAAUCCUACAAUAACUAUGAGGAGGAGUGGCCCACUUCACGUCCCAGUCUUAAAGCUCCGCUCCUACAGCUGACAAGAGGGGGAUACAGAAAACAUCCUUAUGGUAGAUACUGAAGGUGCUCCAUACAUAUGGCCUGUCUAAUUAUUUAUCCUAUUUAUUUAUUUAUUUCAAGAAAUGUUUGCCCAUAACCCCUUAAAGCAGCUGUUUUCAAAGUGUGAAAAGAGCACCUCAAAAAAGAUACUAAGCAGAAUGCAUAAAAAAAACACAACAUGUAUUCUUGUCUUACAUAAGGAUUAUAAAUGACAGGCAAAAUUCCCCCGAAAAAGUGCAGUUCCCCUUUUUAAAUGUGGGUUUGCGUGUAUCCUUCCAUCGAUUUCUUCUACGCUUCUGAGGCUGGAAUAAGUCCAGCGCCCCCUCAAGGUGAAACAUGUUAUUGCACUUGAAGUUUGGAUGCGGCGCACACCGCACAAAAUAAAAUGAUAAGAUAAACUCUCAAAGCCAUCAAAUAUAUUCUGAUCUAAAUUGAGACACCUGGAAACAUUCAUAGAGAUGAGGAUAAAAGGACCAUAAUGCCUCUGAAUUUACUCUCUAAAAUCUAAAUUCACACCGUUGUCUCGAGUGCGACUUGCGAUUUCAUCUGAAGCGUGAGGCCAUUUUUGUCUAUUUAAUAGAGAAUACAUAUGUAAAAUCUAUCAAUUGAUUUUAUUUAUUUUUUGACAGUUAAUAUUAAACUGUCAGCCGUCACGCUCCCCCUCACACAAAUAGCUGUCUAAUCUUAUCCUGAUGCAUCACAACUCCACACACAUUUGUACUAAACAAAAGUCUUAACAUCACCAAAAAGAUCAGGGUGGUUAUAAUAAGUGAAACAAAGUUUCACACAUGGAGUUACAUCCAUCCAGGUGCAUACACCCACUACAUCACCAUGACAACACUUACACACAUGACAAGCACUCACAACACAUAUGUUUUUCUUUUCUUAUACAUUCUAACUCGUAAAUAAACACUAGAAAGUAUCAGCUAACAAUGGAGGUAAUGGGUAUUGAUCUAUUCUUUCUAUAAAGCCUUUUAAAAAUAUCCAAAACCUUCAUCAACAUUUCUGGUCUGGCUGGCUACGGCGCAACACUUCCCGCUUCCUGCUAAAUUCAAACUUGUGAAUGGAUACUCACUUUGGAAAGACAAGUGAGUAUCCAAUCACAGUCUCGUUAACAUCAGGCUACUUAGAUAGGCAACUGUCAACAACUGGUGAUCUGAUUGGCUAUCGCAACUGUCUCUCAACUAUAUGUGUUCUCAAAUUAAUCCGCCAACGGUCCCAAUGAGUAUCCAAUCACAGGACGCGUGAAUGUCACGUUCAACCUUAGGCCAUCUAGAAGGUCUUACUGACAACAACUCGUGAUCUGAUUGGCUAUCGCAACUGUCUAUCACCUGUAUGUCCCGGUUCUCUUACAGUGCACGGACGCCCACAUUGUUGAUUCUGAAGGCUUCUGGGAGAUUUGGUACAGCAUGGAAGGUAGCGGAAUUCUGAUUGGAUACAAACUAAAACUAAAAACAACUGCAUUGGAAGCAGCAUAAUAUGAUAUGAAGAGAUUAUGAAUACUUUUAGAUAUUUAGGGAAAGUAAAUAAAAAAAUAAUUCUAUCUUUAAUUAUGAUCAUGAUUUCUGAUUAUGUUAGGCAAGCAGAGAAGGCCUUGCUGGCCAUCACUGGUAUACAUUCUGUAAGUAUAUAUAUGUAAUAUAGCCACAAGCACAUUUAUAGUAAUGUGUAAAAUGUACGUAUUUUGGUCAUUUUAAGCAUACAGCGGCACAUUAAUUUCACAGACGCAUCACGUUCGCUAUUUCCUUCAACAACAGCUAUAACUAAUUAUGGCAGAUUUCAUGAGAGACAACAAUGAUUAUUUUGGGACAAAUGAUAACACAGAACCUUAUCUUGUUGAUCCAGAACAUCCGGAGAAGGAGUUACAAGUUUUGGCCUUGUUCACACUGCAGGUCAAUUCCGAUUUUUUUGCACAUAUGCAACAAAUUUUUUUCAUGUACGCGUGUACUGCGCAAUUCUCCAUUUUUUAUAUCCGACCCAGGCCCUUUUCAUAUGUGGAAAUAGAUUGGAUAUAUAUGCAAUGCGUCCUAGAUGUGAACACUCCCACGCUCAUCCGAGCAGAACGUCAUCAAAAAGCGAUAAGCGUCAUAAUUUUUCGCCAAAAUAGACGGUUACAAAUUGAAUAGUUGACAAUGGAGCAGAAAACAGGUGGAAAUAAAAUGUUUUAGGAACUUAAAUGAAAGUUCCACCACUCCUGUCUGCAACUGCUCGCCCACGGACACGCUCUUCAAGCAUACAUCGAAGCAAAAUAUCCCAUAAAACUGCGAGAUCCAAAAUUGUUGUCUUCUUCCUUCUUAAUCUUCUACGCACAAUAAUUUGGUUCAUAAAAUGUUGACUUUGAGUCCACAAAAUCCUUGAAAUUGCCACAAAUGCGCCAGUACUUAGACCGACUUGAGUGGAAGCCAUGUUUACACUGCAGUGCGUGCGACGUCAUGACAUCAUGUCCGCAUGCGGGACCGAUUGCAUACACAUUAGAAAUUGCUUUUAUUUUUGUAACAUGAACGGCCACUAAAAAUACCCGAUUUGACCAAAAAAUCUGAAUAGGACAUCUGAACCUGCAAUGUGAAGUUAGCCUUAGAAGCUGAGUGAUAAAUAGAUCUUGCUCUAAUGAAACACCCAUGUAGCACAUGUGCUAAGUGCUAAACAAGAAGUACAAACUAAAAACAUAAUAAAACAAUAAUUUACUGUACAAUGUCCGCUCUCACUGAGAUGCCGACUGAUAUGUUCAUAUAAUUCGGUUUAGAUGAAGAAAAAAUCAUAAUCUUUACGCAGAUUAAAAAAAAAAAAGUACACAAACAUUUUAUCGUGUCUUUUAGACCUAAGUGGGAAAUCAAAGUUGACCAAAUUCUCGGUGUAUGGCUACAACCUUCCACUAUCCAGGUGAAAAGCAUGAUUUAUAAUGUAGAAUUAACUUUUACCAGCUCAGUAUGUCAAUAUAGUAUAACGGCAUAUCUCUGUGAUCAAGGCGCCGGUGAAGUAGUUCCUCUGCGUUAGCGCUUAUAAUAACAAUAUCCCUAAUACUUGAUUGAUAUACAGGUCACAAAAUGAAAAUGGAAUAUUUUUGGCGGUUUUUGGAGGGUUUUUUUUGAUUGCUUUAUGGGCGCAAUAAAUGUCUCCCAUUAUCUGCACUGUUAGCCUAUCCACCUUGUACUUGACGUAUGUUAAAAAUUAGAAUGCAUAAUAAAGAGAUUGUGAAUGAUAAGCAAAAUUCUAAAAAAAAUGUAAAAAGUGCAGUUCCCCUUUAAGCGCAAACAGGACAAUAGGGCCCUAAGUCCCUAAAAACAGCAGCUCACUCCUGUCAUAAAUAGGAUAUUUGACGAGCGAUUUUGCUGGAGGUGCUUAGAAACAGCAAGGCGCUCUCGCCAUAUAGAAGAUCGUUGACUAAAAUUUUUUUUACUGUUAUUGCAUUAGGUCAGGGCUAUUCAACUAAAUUGUUUUGGGGGCCAAAGUUUGAAAAAGAUAAGGACCAGGGGACCCGACUUCUUCCUUCAUUAUUCUUUUUUUCUAUAUUCCUGAGAGCCAGCUUCCUCUGCAGUGGACAUUUGAUUUUUGUCUUUUUUGUCAAGCGUUACGAAAUUCACGGAAAAAACAAAACUGCUAUAAAGCAGCAGCGUUCUGUGUUUUUUUUUAGGACCUAUUGCAAAGCAAAGCUAGUCAAAGAUCAUCUAUAUGACAACACUCUAGUGGUUUUCGGAAUCUACUGAAUCUCUCUUCCAGGUUUUUUUUUUAACUGUUGAAUAAGUUGAAUAAUCCUUAACACAGCAGUGCACAUUAUUUAGCUUUCUGAAAAUGGCCAAUGGGACAACUUAGGUAAAAUUAAUAAAACAGUAUAACAACAACGAAAAAGAAAAUAGCUAUAAUUUCUAUAUUUCCAUUUUGAAAAUCGCUGCUUUAGUUCAUGUUUUUUCCUGUCAAGUAAAAAAACAAACAAACAAAAAACCCCUACUGUAUGUAAAUAAUAUUUGCAUCUCCUUUUUACAUUAGUUUUCUUUUAUUUACACAAACACAAUCUAUGAAACAAAAGUUUUGCCCUAAAAUCCAACCCCAAUCCUCACAGAAAAUGGACUUCUGUUCACCACUUUUAGUUUUGUAUGUAUAGAUUUUGAAAGUACAGGUUUGUGAUGACUGCUUGGAAGUAACUGCAUGGUUUCCCAAUAAGAGGAGAAAGGUGAAGUAAAUAAAUAAAAAACACACACAUUGUGCAGCUCUAAAUCGUUACCUGGAGGACUUUAUGGCGUGGUUUUUUCCAAUCUCUGCGAUACAACCGAUGCAAGCAAAAUGUUUUUCUUUGGGGUUGAAAGCAAUCAAGCAUUGCACAGUGUGUACUUUAUAAUGAGUGCUUUGGUGAAUUGUGUCCAAUCUGUAUUUGUACAUUGAGGAUUUAAUAAAAACGAACCCCCAACACCGUGUGUAGGUCUCUCUAAAUCAGGGGUCACCAACGCGGUGCCCACGGGCACCAGGUCGCCCGUAAGGACCAGAUGAGUCGCCCGCGGGCCUGUUCUAAAAAAAAAAAAAAAAAAAAAAAAAAUUUUUUUUUUU